AUGGGAGGCGAUGACGAGUCUCUGGAGCCGGCGACGUCGUCAGUGACCUCAGAAGAACGCUUUGGCGACGUCGGAUCAGUGCUGACGAUCGGGAAAGUCGUGAGAUCGAGGCUGCAACGUCGCGGGUCGGCUUCUGCGCGGAAAAUGGGUUAGUUUUCCGUUUUUUUUUUAAUGUCUGGGAAGUCUGAAAAUUGAUACUCUAGUUUGAUGAAAACAUGACAGUUAGUGGAUUGAAGUGGUGUCAUAUGGUCCCCCGCUCCUCGCCCGGUUAUCGGUUAGGAGAGGUCAAAAAGGUCACGGAGGUCAUUGCGAUCCUGCCUCUUUUCUCCCUCUGUGUGGGCCCCCCGCCCGACUAG